AUGGGCCGCACCAGCGAGGUGGUUAUCGAUGUCGAGGAUGCGCUCAGCUCCGAGGGCAGCUUUGCCAGCACCGUCGGAGGACAAUGCUGUGCUGGUGCCGGUGACAAGUUGGCGGAGGAUGAUGAACAGGUAGCGAAGGCAAAGGAAGUUGCUGCCACAGAACGAGAGAGUCUCAAGAAAAGUCCCAGUGAAUUAUCAGCGGGAAAUAACUAUGCGACCAGUAAAAAUGUAGCUGAAGGACUCAUGGACAUUGCUCUGCUCUCGGCAAAUGCCAAUCAGCUGCGUUUUCUGAUCACCUACAAUCAUGAGGCAUCCACAUUCUACUGCAGUCUGGUUCUGGUCAUACUCUCGCUGGUCCUCCAGGUACUCGUGGGCAUUGUGCUGACCUUCAAGCGACGCUUAAAACACUGCCAGAGUCGUUGGUAUAUAAGAACUAAUGAGAUACUUGUUAUGGGUGUAUUCCUUAUCACUGUGAUCAAUGUGCUGCUGGCUGCAUUUACCACGACCGACGGACAUUCGAAUUAGA